CCCAUGAGACCCCCACCAAACUACCUUCAAUCAUGACAGGUUUUACAAAAACUAAUAUGUAGUCAGUAGUUGGUAACUAAAAUUUAUUUGAAAGCUACAAGCCCUCUUGCUGAAGCUCCUCCAUCUCCAUGGCUACCAAGCCCUGGAUUCUCCAAAUCUUCGCCUUCGUCUCCUUGUUGUUCCCUGUAACUUAUUCCAUUGACUUCAACUUUCGGGCUGUUUUCAACUUUGGAGAUUCCAAUUCUGACACUGGUGCUCUUAUUGCUGCUGGCUUUGAGCGCAUUGAUCCUCCUUUUGGACAGAUUUAUUUCCGGAAACCAUCUGGGAGAUACAGUGAUGGCCGCCUCAUUAUCGAUUUUCUUAUGGAUGCAAUGGAUUUGCCAUUUCUGAAUGCAUAUCUGGAUUCAAUAGGUGCUCCGAGUUUCCAAAAAGGAUGCAAUUUUGCAGCUGCAGGAUCAACUAUACUUCCAGCAAAUCCAACAUCUGUUAGUCCAUUUUCAUUUGGAAUUCAGGUGAAUCAGUUCCUUCGUUUCAAGCGUCGCGUUCUCGAGUUGCUAGCUAAAGGUAAAAAAUUGAACAAGUUCAUUCCAUCAGAAGACUAUUUCAGGAAGGGCCUUUACAUGUUUGACAUAGGCCAGAAUGAUCUUGCUGGUGCAUUUUAUUCCAAGACAUUGGAUCAAAUUGUUGCAUCCAUUCCAACAAUUUUGGUAGAAUUUGAGACUGGCAUAAAGAAACUAUACGACGAAGGAGCUAGGCAAUUUUGGAUUCAUAAUACAGGACCCCUUGGUUGCUUAACUCAGAAUGUAGCUAAAUUUGGUACUGAUCCAUCAAAGCUGGAUGAGCAAGGAUGUGUAAGUGGACAUAAUCAAGCUGCUAAACUCUUCAAUAUCCAGCUUCAUGCUCUCUGUAAGAAACUCCAAGGCGAUUAUCCGGACUCGAACAUCACAUAUGUUGAUUUAUACACAAUUAAAUCAAACCUCAUUGCAAAUUAUUCGCGAUAUGGUUUCGAGCAACCUAUAAUGGCAUGCUGUGGAGUCGGAGGUCCACCAUUAAACUAUGACAGUAGGAUUUCUUGUGGACAGACAAAAGUUAUAAAUGGGAUCACAGUCACAGCAAAAGCAUGUCCUGACAGCACUGAGUAUGUGAGUUGGGAUGGAAUUCAUUUCACAGAAGCUGCAAAUCAGUAUGUAUCGUCGCAGAUACUCACCGGGAAAUAUUCUGAUCCACCUUUCUCAGAUAAAAUGCCUUUCAUUCUUAAUCUCAAGUUCUGAAGACAUAUCAUGGUUAUUUUAGUAACUAUCUUUUUACUUCUUAAUCUAAAGACUCCAAUCUGUACUUGCCACUAAUCUGAGUUUGGAUUCUUCAUUCCUUAAUAUUAA